UGGAAUCGAUGACAGAGAUUGAAAAUGUCAGACGAGGUUAUGGUCCUUCAAUUCCUUGCUCAUCCCCUUACACUAAGGUCCAUUACACCUUUGAUUUUUCCCAGCAGAUGUUUAUUCCUCAUCAUGCAAGACAAAUGGGACCCCUCUAUUUUCUCGUUCCACGUAAAGUACAGUUAUUUGGGGUGAGGGUGGAUGGAGUACCAAGACAAUACAAUUACCUCAUUAAUGAGAAUGAAACCAUCGGUGAAAAUGGCUCUAAAACCCAUGGUCCCAAUGCAGUGAUCUCUAUGCUGCAUCACGCUCUGCUAAAUUUUGGAUUUGGGGAAAUCAACUGUGUUAUCCAUGCAGAUAAUUGUGCAGGACAAAACAAGAAUCGCUAUGUGCUAGCGUACUUUUGCUGGAGAGUUCUCCAGGGACUUCAUCAGCAAAUUACUUUCAUGAUGCAAAUUCCAGGUCACGCAAGAUGUCUAGUUGAUUCAAGUUUUGCACACAUCAAGCGUCUGUAUAGACGGACAGAUUGCAACAGUAUUGCAGAUUUACGUAAUAUUGUGGACAAAUCCUGCUAUUCCAACAAUGCCGUUCUUUUUGAGGAGGAGGAAACAUGGAUGUGGUUAGAUUGGAUGGAAUUCUUUUCAUCAACGUUCUCUCCUCUGAAAGGACUUCGGGAUUAUCAACACUUUAGAUUUACCAAAGAUAUGCCCGGAUUCGUGCUUUGCAGAAAAUCAAAUGACGACGAAGAGAUUCCUUUCAAACUCUUGAAAUGCGAUCCUGAAUUUUUUGAUACAAAUGCUCGUCCCAGGACAAUCCUACCUGGUGGUUUAACAAGAGAGAGGCAGAAGUAUUUGUAUCAAAGAAUCCGUCCAUUUGUUCAGGAUCCGUGGAAAGACACGACCUGUCCUCCUGUUGAUAUUGAGGAGUAGUGAAAUAACAAGACAUCCAAGGAAUCCAGAAUGAUACAAUUAUAUUAUGAAAAAUGUUUUCACUUAUAAUCAAAUAUAAUUUCAUCAAAAUUAAAAAAAAAAUAUUUCGCAUGCAUGC